AUGGAAAAUGAAGCCUCCCAUCAGCUCCCAAAACGGAUGAAACCUACAGAGACAAAGCAUGCUCAAUCUUCUUCAGAUUCAAUCUUGACCCUUCCAUCUCAACUCAUCACUGAAAUCCUCUUAAGUCUUCCGGUGAAAGUCCUCUUGCAAUUCAGGUCUGUUUCAAAAUAUUGGCUUGCUUUAAUCUCUGGCCCUGAGUUUGUAAAGGCCCAUCUUAGUCAAUCUGUUAAUAACAAGGACUACACCCACCAUAGGCUUAUGUUGAGUUCUGUUAGACCUAAGAAAAAAAUUAAGGUUUCUUCUAUUCUGUCUUCACUUUAUGAUGAGUCUGUCAUGGAAGCAUCUGAUUUGGAUUGUCCCCUUAAAGACCAUUAUGUAAUUGUGGGUUCGGUCAAUGGGUUGAUUUGUUUGACUAUCCGGGGAGAAGAUUUUUUGCUAUGGAAUCCAUCUAUCAAGAAGCUCAAGAACGUUAUUACAGAAGAUGCACGGAAGUUUGGUCCCAAAGAAUAUGGUUUUGGAUAUGAUGAACUUCAUGAUGAUUAUAAGUGUAAUGAUGGGGACAUCAUUUCUAUUGAUUUGGCUGACGAGAAAUGGGGAAAGCUGGAGCAGCCUUGCUAUGCAGAAAGGAGAUUAUUGUUUGAACCUUGGAGUGUUGGGAAGUGA